AUGGCUUUCUGUAUGGCAGCGCCAAAUCGAAAUCUAAGGGAUACUGUUAAAUUAGGAGCAAGCCUAUUUCGUGAUCGAGCGGUAAAUGACGACCGAUUCAUUGAUGACUUGGAAGAAGACAGAAUAAUUGGUGGAAUUGAAAGUAUACCUCAUAGUCGACCAUACCAAGUUGCGUUAGUCAGAUCAGGAGAGUUCUUUUGCGGCGGUUCUUUAAUUUCUAAGCAGUAUGUCAUUACAGCUGCACAUUGUGUCGUCGAUCGAAUUCCAAAUGAGAAAUUUGAGGCCAUUUUAGGGGCCCACAACAUUCUUAAGGAGGAGGAAAGUCAACAAAAGAUUGAAAUUGAAAAGAGAAUCAAACAUGAGAAGUACUCGAGAAAAACAAAAGAAAACGAUAUUGCCAUUUUUAAACUUGCACAUCCAGCUGAGCUAAAUGACAAAGUCAAAUUGAUUCAGCUAGCUGCCCAAAAUGAUCACUUUCUAGGCAAAAUGUGUUCAGUUAGUGGUUGGGGAACAAGCGAUGAUGGUAUGCUAGCUGAAGAAGGGCUACGUGAGACAGAUGUUCCAGUCAUUAGUAAUGAAAAAUGUAAUGCUCUCAUUUCUUAUGGCGGCGAAAUUGCUUCUAAGAUGAUGUGUGCUGGAUAUGCCAAAGGAGGUAAAGACGGCUGUCAAGGUGACAGUGGUGGCCCACUAGUCUGCAAGAACCAUCAAGGGGAUGAAGUUUUAGGCGGUGUUGUUAGCUGGGGCCGUGGCUGCGCUAAACCAAAUUAUUACGGAGUUUAUACUAGAGUCGAUGAAUAUCUUGAAUGGAUUCAUAGUAAAAUAAGCAAAUCCUAGAAAUCUUUCCUAGAACGAAUGGAUUAGAAUUACAUUCGGGUUAAAGAAGCUUUAUUUUACUUCUACUUAAAACAAUAAAGAAAUAGUAGCGGUAGUUGCUAGCACAUGUUACUUGUUUAGUGAAUAAAAAGCUUUUGGGAUUGUA